AUGGCAAACGCAACCUUGACACAGGCACCCGCGCCUCCGGCCCCUCAGCUCAACACGGGGCCGGUGUCCAUCUUCUUCAUGGUAUGGGGCGUAACGUGGACCAUGCUGCUCGUCCUAGGCAUGGCAUUCCUGUACUACAACCGCGCUAUGCCUCUCGUGCGCAUCCGCGGCCUGCGCCUGACCUUUGCAGCCGUCAUCCUUCUGCAUCUGUAUUGGAUCGUGGUCCAGUUUGGCGUGCUGAUUUUCGAGCUCGUCCCGCCCGAGGUCAUGUUCUGGAUCAUGGGCCUGUACGUACCUUGGGGCAUCGCGCUGUUCCACGCCAGCAACAGUCGCUUCCUAUACGUCGCAGAAGCCCAGAAGCGCUUCGUCGGCAAGACCCCAGUGGUGAGGGAGAAGCCGUCUACCAGCAGGGAUGAGACGCUACUGGGCAAGUUUUGGAGAUUGGAGUACGAGAGAAGGAUCGUCGUCGUCGUCUGCGUGGGCAUGGUGUUGCAGUUUCUGCUCCUCGUCACAAUGUACCUCCUCUCCCGCAAAUACCACCCGUCUUUUGGCAUCCCCGGCACCGAGAUCACCACUGCCGACCCUAUGGAGCGCCUCAUGCAGCUGUAUAGCGGUUGGGAAUGGUGGCCGUCCAUCAUGUGGCAGUUCUUCUGGGCCUGGAUUGUGGCCCCCUACAUCCUCUUCAAGUCGCGCGGCAUCAAGGACACGCUCGGCUGGCGCGUGCAGACCAUCGCCUGCUGCAUCGCCGGCCUGCCCGCCACGCCCCUGUGGCUCGCGGCGCUGUACCUCCCGGCGUUCGCGCCCGUGAACCGCUACUUCAUCCCGCCGCAGUGGAUCUGCCUCAGCAUCACCUUUAUCGAGUUCUUCGCCGUCAUCCUGCCCUGCUGGCAGGUACUGACCCACAAAACCCUGCGCCGGGAAACCCUCGACGCCAUCGCCAACUGGGAGUCCCGGCGCGGCGGCGACACGGACGGAAAGCAGUCCUUCGUCACGGACUCGACCAAGCAGGAAUCGACCACCGCCACGUGGCGGCUGCUGUCGGAAAUCGAAAAGGCCACGGGCCAGUCCGAGAGCCUCUUCACCAUGGCCGCGCUCGACUACACGCUCAAACGCAACCCGGAACCGCUGAGGGAGUUUUCGGCCCUGCGCGACUUUUCCGGCGAGAACAUUGCCUUUUUGACCGCCGUGGCCGACUGGAAGGCCGGCGCCGCCAAGUCCCGCGCGUCGACGGACGAGGGCUCGGUGCGGAGCGAGGAGGGCGUCGAGCGGAGGCGCGUGCGCUUCAACGGCGCGUUGCAAAUCUACGCCGAGUUUAUAUCGGCCCGCCUCGCUGAAUUCCAAGUCAACAUCGGCUCGGCGGACCAAAAGCGGCUGGAGGGCGUGUUCGGCCCCGCGGCACAGAUUUUGUUUGGAGACGCGCAAACGUUCGAUGACCCGGCUGUCCCGUUCAAGAUGGAACGCACCGACAACGCGGUAGAGCGGGGCCGGGCACAGUACUUUGGCCAGGUCCCGGAGGAGUUUGACGAUGACAUCUUUGACGAUGCCCAAGUCAGUAUUAAAUACUUGGUGCUGACAAACACGUGGCCCAAAUUCGUCAAGCAGGGGCGGUGUAGCAUGUCGGUGCACUCGGUGGGCAGCCAAAGCAGCGACGGGAACGCUGGGAACGAGAUUGGGCGGGUGAAGAAAUACUUGAAGAGGAUGAAAGCCGGGACUGCUGCUUUUUGA